CUCUUACAAAAACUCAUUAGCAUUAGUUAACAUAUUAUAUGGGUUGAUUAAUCAAAAGAGGGAGUGAGAAAGAGGAAUUGUGUUGAAUUAAGAGUGUCCAAAAGAGAGUGAGCCUAAAUGAGGGAGAAGAUUGAGUGAUUUCUCUAUUAAAAUAGAUUUCUCUUCAUUCUUUCCUUCUUCCUUGUUGAAAUCUCACUUUUAUUAAUUGCUUGUCUUAGUCCCUCUUUUUCUUGUGUAUAAAUCAUCAUGGCGUCCAAUUUAUCCUUAGAAGAUAUUAGAAAUGAGCAAGUUGAUCUUGAAAAUAUUCCGGUGGAAGAAGUUUUCCAGAUCCUGAAAUGUAGCAGAGAGGGUUUGACAAAUGAAGAAGGCCAAAAUAGACUUCAAAUUUUUGGCCAUAACAAACUUGAAGAGAAAAAGGAAAAUAAGGUCCUUAAAUUCUUGGGGUUCAUGUGGAAUCCUCUCUCAUGGGUCAUGGAAGCUGCUGCUAUCAUGUCCAUUGCCUUGGCAAAUGGAGGGGGAAAACCACCGGAUUGGCCAGACUUUGUAGGUAUUGUGGUCUUGCUUAUUAUCAACUCUACUAUCAGUUUCAUUGAAGAAAACAAUGCUGGAAAUGCUGCAGCUGCCCUUAUGGCUAAUCUUGCUCCCAAAACUAAGAUUUUGAGAGAUGGAAAAUGGUCGGAGGAGGAAGCUUCAAUCUUGGUUCCAGGUGAUCUGAUUAGUGUUAAGUUGGGAGAUAUUAUCCCAGCCGAUGCUCGUCUUCUCGAGGGUGAUCCCCUUAAGAUUGAUCAGGCUGCACUCACUGGUGAGUCCUUACCAGUCACAAAGCAACCUGGUGAACAAGUUUUCUCUGGUUCCACUGUCAAGCAAGGCGAAAUCGAGGCAGUUGUUAUUGCUACUGGUGUUCAUACCUUCUUUGGAAAGGCUGCACAUCUUGUUGAUAGCACAAACCAAGUUGGUCAUUUCCAAAAGGUGUUGACUUCUAUUGGGAACUUCUGUAUCUGCUCUAUUGUUGUUGGAAUAGUUAUUGAGAUAUUGGUGAUGUGGCCAAUUCAAAAGCGAAAAUAUAGAGAUGGAAUUGACAAUUUGUUGGUGUUGCUUAUUGGAGGUAUCCCAAUCGCCAUGCCAACAGUCUUGUCUGUUACCAUGGCUAUUGGAUCUCAUAGGCUUUCCCAACAAGGUGCCAUCACCAAGCGGAUGACUGCUAUCGAGGAAAUGGCUGGUAUGGAUGUCCUCUGCAGUGACAAGACCGGUACCCUCACCUUAAACAAGCUUACUGUCGACAAAAACUUGAUUGAGGUAUUCCCUAAGAAUGCAGACAAGGAUACGGUUAUGUUACUUGCUGCUAGAGCUUCCAGGGUGGAGAAUCAGGAUGCUAUUGAUGCUUGUAUUGUUAAUAUGCUGAAUGAUCCCAAAGAGGCAAGAGAAGGCAUCCAAGAGGUUCAUUUCUUUCCUUUCAAUCCAGUCGAUAAGCGCACUGCAAUCACAUAUAUUGAUGACAGUGGAAACUGGCACAGGGCUAGCAAAGGUGCUCCUGAGCAAAUUAUUGAACUUUGUGAUCUCAAGGGAGAUGUUUUAAAGAAAGCUCAUGAAAUCAUCGACAACUUUGCCAACCGUGGUCUUCGUUCUUUGGGAGUUGCAAGACAGACUGUGCCAGAAAAAAACAAGGACAGUGCUGGUUCACCUUGGGAAUUCGUCGGGCUUUUACCUCUCUUUGAUCCACCAAGACAUGACAGUGCAGAGACAAUUCGCAAAGCUCUCGAGCUUGGUGUUAAUGUUAAGAUGAUCACGGGUGACCAGCUCGCUAUUGGUAAGGAAACUGGCCGUAGGCUUGGUAUGGGAACCAACAUGUAUCCAUCUUCAGCUCUUCUCGGGGGCCAUAAGGAUGAGUCCAUUGCUUCAAUUCCUGUUGAGGAGCUCAUUGAGCAGGCUGAUGGCUUUGCAGGAGUCUUCCCAGAACACAAAUAUGAGAUUGUGAAGAAGCUGCAAGAAAGAAAGCACAUCUGUGGUAUGACUGGAGAUGGUGUCAAUGAUGCACCAGCAUUGAAGAAAGCAGACAUUGGUAUUGCAGUUGACGAUGCAACAGACGCAGCCAGGAGCGCAUCUGAUAUAGUUUUGACUGAACCAGGUCUUGGUGUUAUUGUGAGUGCUGUGUUGACAAGCAGAGCCAUCUUCCAGAGGAUGAAGAACUACACUAUCUAUGCAGUUUCAAUUACAAUCCGUGUCGUGAUGGGAUUCAUGCUCAUUGCACUCAUUUGGGAAUUCGACUUCCCUCCUUUCAUGGUCCUCAUCAUUGCCAUCCUCAAUGACGGAACCAUCAUGACCAUCUCUAAGGACAGGGUGAAGCCAUCCCCUCUGCCCGACUCGUGGAAGCUCAAUGAAAUUUUUGCCACUGGAAUCGUCCUUGGAACCUAUCAAGCCAUUAUGUCUGUGGUGUUCUUCUAUCUUGCAGCUGACACUGACUUCUUUACAGAGAAAUUCCACGUUAAAUCGAUCAGGGAUAACCCCUAUGAGCUUACAGCUGCUCUAUACCUUCAAGUGAGCAUCAUCAGUCAAGCUCUCAUCUUUGUGACAAGAUCAAGAAGCUGGUCAUUUUUGGAACGCCCGGGUUUCUUGCUUGUCACUGCUUUCCUCUUAGCCCAAUUUGUGGCUACACUAAUCACUGUCUACGCCAACUGGAACUUUGCUAGGAUCCAUGGAAUUGGUUGGGGAUGGGCAGCAAUCAUCUGGAUCUACACAAUUAUCACCUAUAUCCCUCUUGAUAUUCUCAAAUUCAUCAGUCGUUACGCGUUGAGCGGUGAGGCCUGGAAUUCAAUGAUCCAAAAUAAGACUGCUUUCACAACCAAGAAGGAUUAUGGAAAAGGUGAGAGGGAAGCACAAUGGGCAGUGGCGCAACGUACACUACACGGUCUGCAGACUGCUGAAAGAAAUGGCUUAUUCCAUGACAAGAACUACAGAGAAUUGAAUGAGAUUGCGGAACAAGCUAAACGUCGCGCUGAAGUUGCAAAAUAUACACAUGAGCCAUGAAAAUUAUAACUUAUUCUCUCAAUAAUCAUGUUGCAAGUUAGAGGAAUAUUAGACUCUCAAGGGACAUGUUAAAUCUUUGUAGUCAAGUUAAAGGGCAAUUUUUGCAGCAAUUUAUCAAGAAUGUAUCCAUGUUAUUAUCAAUGUUGAAUGAAAUCCUAUAUUGGUGAACUACAAAGUCUAGCUGCUUAUCAAAACUUUUAAACUAGUAGUUAUAUAAAGAAAAUCUACUAUAGCAUUAUCA